AUGUUACUUCAGUUGGCAUUCUCUCUGGGUGUACUGCACAUCGGCGCUGUUGGUUGUUCUCCAAUUGAACCGCAGGCUGGAACGCUUGUUGAUACCGCUCAAGGACCUGUUCAAGGAAUGCUUGUUUCUGCUGGUGUACGCCAAUGGCUUGGCAUUCCUUUCGCAGCUUCCACGGGUGGAUCUCUCCGUUUUGAACCCCCACAGCCUGCCCCGUCUCGGUUCAGUACAUUCUCGGCCACGCAGUUCGGUGACUCUUGCCCCGCCAUUCUGAGCGCUGAAUUCUUGGAACUCCUUGGAAUGCUACAGCAACAGGAGAGUGUUCCUUUCGGAGAAGACUGUUUAAGCCUGAAUAUCUGGUCGCCUGCAACAACCAGACCCCAGGGUGGUGCGAUUUUACUGUGGGUAUAUGGCGGUUCUGGUCAGUUCGGCACGAGCAACACUCCAUACUACAACGGCCAAACCUUCGUCGCGAACUUUGACGACAUUGUCAUUGUCACCAUCAAUUACCGAUUGAAUAUUUUCGGGGGACCAAAUGCACCGCAACAGACGCUUGAUCUCAGUAUGCUAGACAUGGAAGCGGCAAUUCAAUGGGUGUACGCCAAUAUUGCGGCCUUCGGGGGAGAUCCAGAGAGAAUCACGCUCUUUGGCGAGAGCGCAGGGGCCAUUGCCGUAGAUGCUUAUGGUUUCAUCCAUCCAGACGAUACCAUUGUGAAGGGUAUCAUCGCUGAAUCAGGCACUGCUUCACUGGCCGGCAAUUCUUCCACAGAUUCGUCGGCGUACAGCGCCGCCGACUCGCCUUGGAAUACUGUGGCGAGUGCGUUGGGCUGCGGAACAACGGACGAUGCGGCUCAGUUUGCAUGUAUGCAAUCCGUUCCUUGGCAGGACCUUCUCAAUGAGGUCAUUUCCAGCGGCCAAACUUUCGGCGGCGGCUCAACGGGUCUGGUGGGCGACGUCAGUGCACUCUCUUCGGAAGGAAAGUUCCUUAAGGUUCCCUUUCUGGUGGGAAAUAACGCCAACGAGGGAGACAUCUUCGUGGUUGAAAUGGAAGAAGAAAAUCUGAAUACGACCAUCCCAAUCGUAGGAACUGUGAUAAGCGACGCUAUCACGAUACUAUUGGCCACAUGUCCGGCGUCUAAGGAAGCUGGUGAUCGCGUGGAUGCCGGCGUGCCCACGUGGCGCUACAUGUUCGAAGGGGCAUACCCGGACCUGACAAACAACAACCCGAAUCUACGUGCUUACCAUGGCGAGGAGAUUGCCCUCGUGUUUGGAACGUAUAACUAUUCUACGUUCCCAUACCCACCGACAGCGAACGAGAUUGAACUAUCCUCGUGGAUACAAGGUGCUUGGGUGGCCUUUGCACGAGAUCCAGUGCAUGGACUUACGAACUAUGGAUGGCCGGAAUACGGGUCCAGCGUCUUAUGGCCCGUGGCGGCCCUUGGCAAUCCCGGAAAUCCCGGAGGAGCCACAUAUGAGGCCGCUGUUACGUUCGACUUGACCUGUGAUGUCCUCGACACAGUCGAAGCUAUCGUCGAGAAUGUGGUUGCUCUAUUGGGUGAUCUCUUGUAG